AUGGAUGAGACACGAGUCGAUCUGGUGGUGGUUGGCGGUGGUCCUACUGGAAUGCUGACUGCUCUUCUGGCGAAGAGACUCGGAGUAUCAGUCCUUGUGCUGGGGCGGCCCAUUCCAGAUGCAAAACCUCAGCCGCUGCAACUUGGAAGAGCUGAUGCUUUGAACGCGAGAUCUCAGCAAUAUCUCGAGAUUGUGGGUAUUCUCGACGAUCUGAUUAGCCAGGGUCUCAAAUGCAAUACCAGCUCCACCUUUACUAAUGGUGGCUUCGCCUCCCGCCAAAGUCACUGGUGGACAGGCCUUCAACAUGUCCUGCAUAAAAAUUUUCUCAUGAUUGGCCAGCCCGUGGUAGAGCAGCUCCUCGCAGCAGAGCUCAAGGAGUCUCUACUCUAUAACGAGCGGGUCGAGUCGAUCCGAGAGACUGAGUGCGGAGUCGAGGUAGCCACCAUCUCGCAACGCAUCGUGCACGGCACGUAUUGCAUCGCCUCCGAUGGCGCCAGAUCCAUGGUGCGUCAGGCACUUCGUAUUCCAUUCACGGGUACCAAGCCUGAAAUGCUGUGGGCCGUUUUGGACACCUUCAUCGACAGCGACUUCCCUCGCUGCCCUGAGAUUAUCACAUUCGAGCUCGAUGGCGAAUCCCGUGUCGCAUGGAUCCCGCGGGAGCGGGGUCUGGCACGUUUCUAUAUUUUGCUGGAUGGCGAAGUCACUGAGGAGAAGUCGAAGGCUUCUAUCAAGAGGCAUUUGGCUCCUUACCGCGUCGACUUCACCAAGACUGAAUGGUUCAGCACCUUUGAAGUGAAAGAGAGAAUUGCCGAAACCUUCAUAUCCCAGAACGGCAAUGGAAGGAUCAUCCUUGCGGGCGACGCUGCUCACUGCCAUGCCGUUAAUGGUGGUCAAGGACUGAAUACCGGCCUGUCUGAUGCAUUCAGUUUGGGAUGGAGAAUGGCAUAUAUUUUAAAGUAUUCUGACAAACUAGCUCCUGGCGCGGCCAAUCGAAUUCUUCAGAGUUACGACGCGGAGCGUCGCAAGGUGGCAGAGAAUGUCAUUCGUGUUGCCGCACGCUUGGUGAGAGAUAUCAAGUAUGAGGCCACGCAGUAUGUUGGCAACGUGGAAAAGAACGCAAACUACAUUACCGGGAUGGGUAUCGCGUAUCAUGAUCUUGGCUCGCCUGCUGUACGCGAGUCAGAGGUGGGCAUCUGGAAGGCCGGCCGGGCAUGCCCUGACAUUCUGUUGACAACCCCUGGCGCCUCGGAGUCGCGGUAUCUCUACAGUAUCGUAACUUAUGGGAAGUACAUGGUUCUUGUGGCCGGUGAUCACGGUGGCCACUUUAACACCUUCAAGAGUCUCGUUCGAUGGCUGAGGAUAUUACCGAAAGCGGAUGAGCAGAAUUGCCAUCUCAACGGAGAGAGCGAGUUAAGCUAUUUGGCCGAGGUUGUCAAAGAGGGGGAGAACUACGCCAUUGUAGUUCGCCCCGAUAUGUACAUCGCAUAUGCGGGUACAGCCGAGGGCGCGACUGAGUACUUGGCAGAAAUCUUUGUCAGUUAG